AAAUCGUAGUCUUCAUUCCUCAGUUUGGCGUUUCGCGCGCGCAGAAUGGCCGCCCAUUUCGUGUUGCUAGUGCUUUACGCGGUUUUAUCAAAUACGCGUGCUGAGUCUGACGCCUCAAUAUGGGUGGACGUAUCGUCCCCCGCAGACAACCUGGAAAUCGAAAAGCGGUACACCCCGGAGGUGAUCGACGAGCUACACGCUGCCCAGGCGGAUGCCCUCCUCCUGUAUACGGAGUACACGGCUCAAGCUGGCUCUGACCUCAGGAACUUCAUUAAGAACAUAUCACAGCUAACUGAGGAAACUACUCGCGGGAUGGAUAGGUCUGUUUUAGAUAACGCGCCGCCAUCCUGCAGAGCGGAGUUCGAGAGGAAAUUGAAGAAGAUAGAGUUCGACGCGCACCGAGCGGCCACGUUCAGUGGGGAGAACCACCACAAGUUCUUCCUGGGGCACAUGAUCGUCUUCCGGAUGCAUCUCAAUAAGAGUGAAGAGUACAUAAAAAAAUGUGAUAAAAUCAUAAAAACGUGCGGCACGCCGUGUGAAACCACACCCCGUAUAACCCGCUGGCGCCGUCUCGCCCUGACCGAGAUCCACCGCGUACGCGACGACAUACAGCACUCGCGCAGAUCCUACAAGGAUCUCCUUGUGCACGCGCACCGCAAACUCAAUCAUUUUAGAAAGCGCGCCACCUUGCGGGCGCACGACGCAAUCAACACGCUACAAGCCUGCGUGCGACAUAGCUAGCUUCAAUAUAACAAAAAAUUCACUUAGAUCUCGUCUAGGUAUCAAUUGGUAAUGCGAGUCAUGCUUUAAAUAUAACAUUAGUUUAGUAAUCUGCCAUUUGAGUAAAUGUAAAAAUGUUUACGAAGAUUGAAUCAUUCUCUAAUACAUUUGUUUCUCUUUGAAUAAUGGAUACUACGCUAUACAAACUAUGUUAUGACUGUAAGUUAUAAAAAUGUAUAAGUUUAUUAUCAACCAAUAAUAUUAUACUUGUUUCUAUGUAUGCGAUUGUAAAAUUUAACCAUUCUGGCUUGUGUUCAAAUUAAGAUAAGAUUCAACUAAGUUCCUAAUUGGUAUUGAAAUUAUAGAUAUAAUGAGAAGGGGAAAAUGAAUUUAAUGUAACGAAUAUUUAAAUAAAACUCCUUCAGUAAUAUUUCUUCUUUAGAAUAUGAUACGUAAUCAAAAUAAGAUCUUCCAUUCAUGGUUCCAACUCUAAACAUAUACAGAUAUAUAAAAUUGUGAUUAAUAAUAUAUGUGUUGUACAAAGAAUAUUUAUUACUUCAUUUUAUGCACACAACUACAACUGUACGUAAUGUAUACGCCAUAAAUCCGAUUUGAUAAUAAUUAUUAUUUUUAUAUAAAAUUUAUAUUAUUAAACGAGUUUUCGAUAAACGAUUGUGAAUUGCACGAACGACCUUGAGAAUUACACUAGUUAAAUAAUUAAUGUAUCAUCAUCA